ACAAACUUGUAUUUUCAGAUUUCCACAAACGUGUUUGAACCUGCUCUUUACCAACAAGCGUUUGCCUGAUUCACAUGAUGUAGCCUGUUAUAAACUCUGAGGACACACUGUUGGGAAACCUUUGACACUAAAUGAACACAUGGACCUGUUCUUCAUCCUCACAUGAUCAAACAAUCACUGCAGAAUAUUUACAACUUAUUUUCUGUUCAUUGGUUUGCAUCAGGUCUGUGUGUUGGUUUAACGAACCUCACAGCUCAGAUCUGAGCGAAUGAACUGAAACCAGUGAUCUUUUUACACAAGUGUGAAAACCACAGAGGUGCAGAUGGUUGAGCUGCUCUCAGAGCUUCCUCUCACACGACACAAUGGGACAAACAUGUGAGGUGAAGCUGCUCUUGCUGAUCUCAUCCCUCUGCUGCAGCUCGAACCCAGCUGUAGUGACUCUGAGUCCCAGCAGCUCUCAGUUCUUCAGAAGGGACUUCAUCUCUUUUACCUGUGAGGACGACCACAGCUCGGCUGGAUGGACGCUGAGGAGGAACACGAGCAGAGACACCAGGGCAGAGUGUGAAGACUGGGGGAGACAAGUUGCUUCUUCCUGUGUCAUCGACACUGCCGUCCUAAUGGACAGUGGAGUUUACUGGUGGGAGUCCACAGAGGGAGGAGCAAGUAACUACGUUAACAUCAAUGUGACUGAUGAUCCAGUGAUCCUGCAGAGUCCCGUCCUCCCGGUGGAGGCAGGAGAGGACGUCACUCUGAUCUGUAAAACUAAGACGCCGCUCUUCAACCUCUCGGCUGAUUUCUAUAAAGAUGGAACUUUUGUCAGGACGACGCCCACAGGUCACAUGACCAUCCACCUUGUCUCCAAGUCUGAUGAAGGAGCCUACAAGUGUAACAUCACAGGCCGGGGAGAGUCUGCACCCGCCUGGAUCAGCAUCACAGGGAAACAGACCAAUACAUCACCCUACGCUAUCUACGUUAUCCCAUCCAUUGCUGGUUUGGUAAUUCUGGUUGUUCUGGUGCUACUGGUGAGAUGCUGCGUCCGGAGUAAACCUGAGGAGUGUGAUCCAGAAGAUGUGAGUCUUCAACCAGACGGGACGAUGGAGAGAGAUCGAGCUGCAGCAACACAAGGGGACGUCACAUAUGGACAAAUAUCGAUCCGACCAUUCACCAGCAGAGAAGAUCAACCAGAGCCGGAGGUCUUGUACUCGUCACUGCGGUCCAGACAAUGACGACCUGCUGCCGUCAUCUUUAUUCCAUCACAGGAGGCGUGUCCUAAGUCUAGUUAUGUUUCAAAACAACCAACCAACUGUUUGACUGAGGAGUGGCAGAAAGCCAGUGUUUAAAUAAAGUUUCAAUAAAACAGCUAAAAUGAAUAUAUAUGAAAAUAAUUUAAAUAUUUUGACAGUUUUUAUAUAUUCUUUCAUUUAUUCAGUCAGAACGUGAAUUGAAAUUCACUGAGAAAUAGAAAUAAUAUAAGUGUUUGUCUCAUCGAGCUGAAAAAUGAUUUGUGAAGUUUUUUCUGAUAUCUGAUGAAUAAUGAAUCAGAUUAAUUGAUUGUGAAAAUAAUACAGUUUAUAUUUCCAUUCAA